AUGUUGAGGAAAAAGCAUCAACGUGACCCACUGGGUAACCUCGAACUAGGAGGGGCUGUACAUAUGACAAGCUCUGCUUUCCGUGUGAAAAGAUUAAGUUAUAAGAGAAUACUUAAAUAUGUGGUGUUGAUUAUUCUUGGAAUAGCCAUUCAUUCAAUUUACCGAGAGAUAUUCCAGGCCCAUCAUAUAGAAGAAAUAAAACAAAACGACAUUCCUGUAAAGGACAGCAUCCAUGUUCAAGAUCAGAAAGCACAGUCACCACCUGAGAAACAGGCCCCACUGGAACCUCCUAGACACCAAGAGCCCCCUGGUGGUCGAAUUCUAGAUAACAAUGACGACAACCAGGUCAAUGAGCACGAACAAUUUGUGGAGAAGCAAGCGAAAGAGAUAGCUGAUAGGCUUUUUAAAGGGGAAAACAACAACAGGGCACAACAAGACGAAAUUGUACAAAAUGCUAUUGAGCAAGAUAAAAUUUUAAAAGAAACACACGAGCAAAUCGUUGAUGAAAAUCAAGAUACGCGAGUGCUUCAGGAGGAACCGAAGGAAUUUCCUGUCGAAGAAGAUCACGGGCCGUUUGAAAAAAUUGUUGAUCUGGAGGACGAUUUUCUGGAGAAUCAGAACAACAUUGUGGCGGAUAAGGAAAUACAAAAAGAGAUAGCAAACAUAAUGGAGGAUACUUAUGAUGAAAUCAAGAAGGACCAUCCUCCCGAGCAGGCCGCCGCGCACGUGCAGAAAGCAAUAGUACCUAAUGACAUCGGACCUGUAAAGGAGGUUGAGAAAAUUAAUGAGGCAGCAAAAAAGGUGGAGUCUCUACCCUUGAACUACCGUGAAGUUGUUAAACCCCAUGACCAUGGUCUGCCUAACCUUGUGACGGCGGCCCUUAAAAAGGACCUUCUGAAAGUAGAACAGCUCAUUGUAUCUGUACAACGUUUACUACCCAAAGAAAAGAUAUACAUUUAUGACAUUGAUCUCGAGCCAAGACAGCACAAAUUGCUAGCAGCAAUGUGUAACGUACGGAUGCGAGACCUGUUUGUGGAUGUAUUUCCAAAAUUUGUAAAGAAUAUAACCAACUUCCACUGGCGUCCACUGGUCAUGCACCUCGCCGUUACAGAGUUCGAGCACAUCACAUGGUUGAAUCAUAAUAUGCGCCUUAAAAAUACAAAGAAGCUCCUGACACAGGUACCAAAAGCGCAUGACACGGACGUACUAGUGAUAGGCCAGGCCGCCGGAUAUACAAGUUUUGCCGUAACACAUCCCGACAUGUACAAAUUCAUCAAGACAGACCGGAAGAAGUUAGCAGAAGUGCCCCACAUUGAGAUAUAUGCACUGAUCAUGCACAACACCGAGGAACUCCGAAAACAUUUCAUGCAAAAGCUACUCUCUUGCACAAUGGAUCCCGCUUGCCUAGCGCCACCUGGUGCCAAAACAAACUGUGAUUUUGACUUUUCUGGGACACUUUACGCAAAGUGUCAUCAAUAUGAUGAAUCAGCGAUAAACAUUCUGCUUAAAAACUGGUUUCAAUUCGACAAGACAAAAUUUGCAACAGGAAAUUGCUGCUUUAGUAAUUAUGAUCCAAACGAAAGAAUAAGACCACAGAUUUGUCAUAGACGAAUAGAUGAAAAGAUAGAAGAUUUGUAA